AUGAGCAACCAUAACAUGGAGCAGCUGGACAAGGCUCAUGAGAAGGGUGUUGUACUCGGCCUUGCUGGCUUCGGCACAGGACAGCGCCUUGACAUAGAUUUUCGUCUUCCGUACUGGGACUACUUUCGCCCUCGAGCGUACACCAAGACUACAUUUCCAGGGGUCACCAACCCCAAAGAUGGCACGACAACUGCUCCCUAUGACUGGGGUGCUCCGCAAAUCUUCACAAUGCCGAAAAUCAUGGUCAAGCGUCUUCCAGAUAAUGAACUGAUUUCUAUGCCAAACCCCUUCUUCCAGUUCGAGUUCAGCCCUCAACAGCUCGAGAAGAUCUCAGUUGAUAAUGAUCCGAAGACAACGAUUAAGGAACAGUUCAAGAAGAUACUCAUGACAAUCCGACAUGGAGGAUCCAAUGCAGAUGCCAUGGCAGAAAUGAAUAAGCAGCUGAAUAAAGACCGUGAAAGCCGUGUUAGCAUGUGUCUGGCCUUGAUGGAAGACGAGAUUUACAGAAACUUCAGAACGUUUUCCACCAACGCGGUAUUUCCGAAGCCCAAUGAGAAACCCAAAGCAACGCUCGAAAGACCUUCCGGGUCUAUCGAAGAUUUCCACGGUGCUUAUCAUGUCACGAUCGGAAGUAAGAACGGACAUAUGGGUUCCAUCGCCUCGGCGGCUUUUGACCCGAUCUUCUGGAUGCAUCAUUGCCAAAUUGACAGACUGUUCGCCAUCUGGCAAGCUGCCAACGGCGAUGAGCACUGGUUCAACGAGCUUCGAGAGAAAGAUCAAGGACUAGCUAAAAUCGACCUGACGCCGUUCCGCAAAUCGGUCUCGGAGAACAAUGAGAAGAAGUACUGGACCUCAGACCUGUCCAGGAGGACCACGGACUUCGGCUACACGUAUCCGGACUUGGCAAAUGGACAGACAGGGGACACGGUUCGUAAGGAAUUCAGGGAAAAAUAUGAGUGGGCUCGACGAACCACCGCUAGGCCCAUUCUCGGCACACCACCCGAUAGUAUGCAGCCUGUACAAGUCGGUGAGGCCCAGGUCUUCAAGUACAAGCGCGGCACCUCGUCUGGAGAUCUUUUCAAAAGCCCUGGCGUCCCCAUGCAUGAGAUGCAACAGCAAACUGUCAUGGCCGCAAUGUCUUCCAACCCCCAGCAUGCAGACGAUUGGUACAUCGACGUCGUGGUCGAGAGAAUGCUCGCUGAUGGAACCUUCACCAUCUACUACAUCAUAGGCGAAGUUCAAGGACAGACCGGCCCGGAGUGGUCGACUCUCCCUGGCUUUGCGGGCCUGUCCCAUAUCUUGGCGGCGCCCGCUAAUGUGUGCGAUAACUGCGCCACUCAAGAAGAGCAACGACAGCUUGUGACCAGCACGACUCCCAUCACUUCGCUGCUCCUCGACUACGUCAAGGUCGGAAAGCUGAACAGCAUGGUUGAGAAUGACGUGAAGCAGUUCCUCAUUAAAAAUUUGAAGUGGCGAGUUGAGACUUCUCCUUUUUUCAACGAACAGAUCGCUGGCGAGGUCCUUAAUCCCAGAGAUAUGGACAGGGAUCACACUUUCAACCUUAGCAUCAGUCGCAAGCGGACUCCAGUGCCACGGAGCGCCGGUGAUGUGCAGUAUGACACUUACCCUGAGGUCAUCGAGGCUAUCAUCAGAAAUUCUUCUUAG